AUGCUAAGUAAACUUGAGCAAUCAUCCACCUAUGUUGUAGAUGUUGAGCAGAUCUGGCUCAUUCUUGGCCAGUUACAAGCUGCAGCAGGUAGCCAGUCUGAGGAAAUCUCUCAGCUGAACAGAAAAAUUGACCUGUUAUUGGCUCGAGGAUGUGUCAACAGUACUUAUCAGGAGGCGGAUGAAAGUAAUGAGCAGGCACUAAACAGUCUCCCUCUAUCAUCAAUGGAAAAAUUUGAUGAAUUUGAGGAAAAUUUGAAACAACAGGAAUUCAAAAGUCUUGUGGUGAAGUUACUUGCAACCCUUGGUGGUAAAGAUGCAAAAUUGUUAAUGUUCAAUUGUAUGAAACGGUGCCUGACGUCAGAGAUAGGAAUGAAGUUUUCAUAUACAGGAAGGCCUCCAAAAGACAAGACGAAAGAAAGGAAAAGCGCUUUCUGUUCAACCUUGCUUUUUGCAGCAAUUCAAAGUUCAGUCAGAAAAAUAUUUCCUUUGACAACCAAAGAACAGUUUAAAACCAACAUAGGACACUGGCUUCAACAGUCAAAAAACAGAAGUCAAACCCCACGGACCAUUAUACUGGCAGAAGCCAGUGAUUUUUGA